AUGGCCAAACGCGAACCCGCACUCGCGCUAGUGGAGAUGGAAAGAGAACUCGGAUACGGAUUCCAUUCGCUGGCUCAUCCCGCUGAGGCUUCGAAGCGCUUCUAUUCGGACCUCAGACCGGUCGCUGAUUCUGCCUAUGAGAGAAUAAAGAGAGAAUUCGAGGAGUACCAGAACAGAAAUGAUUCUAAGCAUGACGAAAAUCUCUCUCAGAAGCUCCUGCAAGAGUUAGACAAGACACAAAUAAUUUCCCACGGUCAAAACAAAGUUAUAUUCGCUCAGAGGGGCCGUAUUGGCUUCUACCGAUUUGCCGUAGAUAUUCACUACGGCUUCGGAUUCCACUUGCCCCUGCUCUUCACCGAGGAUGAAGCAUGUAGGGCCAUGUCUCUGCACCCAUGUGGAACUUGCGCAGGAACACCGAUGUUCUUCUGCAGCCUUCCCAAAGAAAUUCGGCAUCAGAUCUACACUUUGGCCUUAUCCGACGGGGAAUGGAGGAUUCGGGACGUCGAUGUAUUCGAUAAAUUCAAUUUGACGAGAGGCAUUGGCGAUCCAGGUGGUUUCUAUUUCCCCCUGAGGAAUGACCUUGGCCUUCUCAGCGUCAACAGGCAGAUGCGCCAGGAGGCUCUGCCUCUCGCAUAUCGUGCCACAACGUUCCAUUUGGACGAUAUGGACGAUCUCCUUACGGUCCUCAUCGCAGUUGGCGAAACGGGCCGAGAUAACAUUGAAGCUCUAUACUUUCCUUGGGAGAGCAGAUCCGAUUUGGAGUGUAAAUGGGGGGGUGGGGAUCCUGGCUCUAGCGGGCAUUCCCUGGCAUUACCGAACCUCCAUGUCACGGAAUGUGUCCAGCUGCUCAAGCAAUGCAAGAGGCUGAAGUUCAUGCGUCUCUACUUUGAAAGCGACCUGAUAGAGGGAAUCGCCCCAGAGAUUUUCAAGGCUGAUCUCGGCAUUCAGGAGCUCCGUUCCAUUCGAAUUGAAAAGAUGGAAAUCUGGAGUUUGGGCCAUGAGCCACUCGAGCACUAUUCCCUCGCUCAUUGGCUGAAAGAGGGAAUGGAUUGCUCUAGGACGCUCCGAAGUGAAUAA